AUGUCGACCGGACCCGACAGCAGCAGUGCCGCCUCGACCUCGUCUGCAUCGCCCUCGCUCUGGAACCACGCGCCGGGCACGUCCGGCUCGGACGCAUCCGUGGCCAGCCCCGCUUCAUCCAUCCACCACCACCACCACCAGCAGCGAGCAUCGGCAGGGUUAGCGGCGGUAGGGUCAGCGGCCCACCACAUCUCGCCGAGCUACUCCCUCUCUGGCGGCCCGCCGUCGCGUCCCGGAUUCGCGAUGCCACCAUCGGCGGCUGAGGCAGACACGCUGAGCUCGGCACCGCAUCAGCUGGCCGCUCUGCGCAAGCCUGACACGGAUGGCGAACUCCAGGGAGCCGCAGGCGAGGUGCGCGGCCUCAAACGCAAGGGCUCUCCGACUGCGGGUCACCACGAGCGUGUUCGGAGUGGAUCCGACACGGGCAACGGCAGCCCCGUCCGCGGAGCGCCGGGACCGGAUCACGCCGCGACGUCGUCCAAUGGCACUCCCGAGGGCAAGGCCGGCGGCGGCGAUAAGGGCUCGAGCAAGCGCAUCAAGACGGCUCGCGCAUGCGACUCGUGCCGCCGCAAGAAGAUCCGGUGCGACGUCAUCGACGACGGCGGUCCGCCGAUGGCCAACGUCAACAACGGCAACGGCGGCCUCAUCUGCGCCCACUGCCGGCAGUACGGCUUCGAGUGCACCUUUUUCCUGCCCAUCACCGAGACGCGCUUCAAGAAGAAGCGGGAGCGCGAGGCCGAGGAGGCAGCAGCGGCGGCGAGCCGGAUGGGCCUGUCGGGCCUGGGCAUGGGAAUGGGGAUGGGCAUGGCGCCGGGAUACGGGAUGGCGCACCCUGGCUACCCGCAUGCAGGCAUGCUGCCGGGGCAGCCGGCUCACUUUGGUCCCUCUGCUGCCGCCGCCGCGAGUCAGUCCGCCGCGGAAGUGUCUGCCGUGGCGGCGGCAGCGGCGGCGGCCGCAUCUUCCUCCAGCCCGCCGGGCCAGUCGGGUCCGUCGCGACUGGCAGGCACCGACAAGGCUGUGGCCCACGAGGGCGGCCGGCCUGCCUGGCCUCCGCCGGAUGCAAAGGUGCUGGGCCCCACCUCGAUCGCUUACAUUGUCCACUCGACCGCGUUUGUGCCCGGCGCCGCCAUCGAGGCGCACGACGUCAAGCACAACCAGACGUUCGAGGUCGGGGCGAGCGGUGACGGCGUCAUCAAGUUCCACAAGCCGCCAAAGCAGAGGAUCGCGUCGUCCGGGGCCGACUCGGUGAGCGGCGACGAAGAGGACGAGGUGACCAACAUUCCAGACUCGAUCAAGGGCCGGCUGGCGGGCGACGUCGUCGAGAAGCUGGUCAACACCUACUUUGAGAAGAUCGCCACCCUCUUCCCCGUCAUCACCAAGUCCGAGUUCGUCCACAUCCAGCGGCCACCGCCGCUGCUCCUCUACGCCAUCUGCGGCGUAUCGGCCCUCAGCCGCGACGUGCCGGGCGAGGUUCUGGGCGCCAUCAAGCUGACGCUCAACGCCAUCUUCCGGGACAACGACUUCCUGUCCAACUCGUCGUCCAACACGGUCCGGGCGCUGCUGAUCCUCAGCCUGCACUCGGACCUGCACGGCUCCAGCGCGGUCCAGUCUGGCUCUCGUGCCUGGAGCCGCACGGGGACGGCGAUACGGAUGGCGCAGGACCUCGGCCUCCACCGCGACGCCAGCGGCAAGGACGACGUCCACGACGACGCCUUCUUUGCCGAGAGCAAGCGCCGGGUGUGGGGCUGCUGCGUGACGGCGGACCGGAGCCUCAGCAUCGCCAUGGGCCGCCCGCUUGCCAUCGACCUGACCGACUGCGAUGUCCGGCUGCCGUCGCCGUUUGAGAUCCUGCGAUCGCCCAACGACCUCAGGUCGGACCCGACCACCGACCGCCCGUUCGCCUUCAACACCGAGAUGCUCAAGCUCUGCAUCCUCUUUGGACGCGUGAUGAAGACGAUUUACAGCCCGACGGGCCUGAUGAAGGCGACCGACGACGAAAUCACCAGCCUGCUCAACGACAUGGACCGGUGGAAGGAAUCGCUGCCCGCCGAGCUCCAGUUUCAGGGGCCCGAGUCGUCGCCGCCGGCCGGCAUCCUCCACGUCGGCUACGCCUGCCUGACGAUGCUCUUCUUCCGCGUCUUUAUGCGCAUCUCGUACGUCUGCCCGACGCACCUCAACUUCAGCCUGACGAUUGAGCGGAUGACGUCGAUGAUCCGCUACUCGGCAGAGUCGAUCGCCUGGGUCGACAACAACGACUUCUACCUCGACUCGAUGCACUUUGUCACCUACUGCCUGGUGUCGUGCGCCACGGUGCAGUACCACGCCUGCGUGCGCCGCGGCGACCCCAACGCGCUGGGCCACCUCAAGAAGCUCCACGACGUCAUGGUCCGUCAGCGCAACGCCGACAACCUCGGCGAGAACCUGUCGGCACGGCGCAAGACGAUCGACAUUAUCACGCUCCUCUACGAGUCGGCAUCGGGCGCCUACGCCAACUCGCCGUGCACCGGCAGCCUCAACCCGACCGCCGGCGUCACCAACCGCGGUAGCCAGGACCAGAUCCGCGGCAUCGUCUUCCGCGCCGACGCCUCCAAGCCGGGCGGCGGCGUCUACGUGGCGGUCAAGCGCGAGCUGAUGCUCCGCGACCUGCCCAAGGGCACCCUCAUCCUGCAGGAGACCGAGGACGGCAACCGGGUGCCGGCGCUGGUGCGGACCUCGCUCGACGGCGACGGCGGGUGGCAGACGUUUGAGCAGUACCGCGCGGCGCUCAUGGCGUCGGCCAAGCAGGGCAUCGCCCAGGCGCAGCUCCCCAACAGCAGCGCAGCACCCAACGGAUUUACGGCGUUGGCGACGAGCGGCCUCGAUGGUCAGCAGGGCACGCAGGCGGGCUCGGGCAUGCCGCUCGACGGUCCGCCGACGAUUGUCUUCCCAACGCCCUCGGACGUUGCAGCGGGCACCGGUCCUGCGCCUGCUGCGAGCGUGGGAGCCGAUGGAGGGGCGGAUGGCGGAGGAGCUGGGCUGGCGCCGCCGGGGGCCAACCUCACCUACCUUGGCGGAGACGUCUGGCAGGACGCCGAGGGUCGACCGGUGAGCAGCCGCGGCUCGAGGCUGGUGACCAUGGUUCCGCUCUCGCCGGGCAUCAAUGGCGGCGCGGCGCUCGGGUCGGACCCCAACUUCCAGCUUCCCUUUGGCGGACCGACGGGCCAGCUGCAGGUGACGCGCAACACGGUGCUUCCGGGCGACCCCAACUUCAACCUCAACCCGCACCUCAACGACGGCUACUGGGCGCCCGCCGAAUUCGUCCUCGACGGCAACGGCCAGCUGACGGGCUCGGCUGGCGGUGCCGGCGGCGGGUUCGAUACCCUGAUGCUCGACAGCAUACCCGGCGAGUCGCUCGACUUUGCAAACUGGGACGCCUUUUUCCAGAAACUCAACCAGGCCCAGACGCCCGCCCAGUCUGCCGGUGCGGGUGCGGGUGCGGGUGCGGGUGCGGGUGCAGGUGCAGGUGCGGAUCAGGUGCAGGCGAAUGGUGGACAGCAACAGCAACAGCAGCCGCAGCAGGAUGGACCGAGUCAGUCGGUCCUCGGUGGCGCUCCUGCCACCAGCGGCGGCGCUGCACUGCACACCGGAUCGUGA